UACAAAGACACGUAGCAUCCUUACCUCACAUGCCAGCAUAGCAGGGAUUCUGCGCGCGCUCUCUUCCAUUGCUUCCCCUUCACGGCUUCACCACUCAACCAGCUCCUCCGAGCGACUCAAUAAUGGACCCUCCGAUUCGUGACUCGGAGUCCAACCCUAAACCCCUCUGUGAAAACGAUGACGUCGUCUUCAUCGACACCAACCUCGACACUCACUUGGCCGUCCUCGUCUCCGAUCACGAUACCGUCUCCGACCUCAAAGAGCGAAUUUUGUCAGGACACCAAUCAUGCUUUCCCAAACUUGGGCAGAUACAGAUUCAUGCAAUGAAGGUAAAGCGCAAAGAGUAUUUUUAUCACCUAUCUGAUUCCAUGUUUGUAAAAAGUGCCUUCUAUGGUUUCAACAAGAGCUGGUUUCUUAAUGUGGAUGUUUCUCCAUUGAGCAAUUGUGGUCAAAAUGAUUGUUCUUCUGAUAAGAAAGAAGAACAUGAUUUUGUGAAUGCAUCUGAUAAAGCUGUUAAGGAUGAUAACGUCGUUUGUGAAGAUGAAAUGUCAAAAUCUGUGUCUAGUGCAAAGGAAAAACAGAUGAGUACAAGGAAAGAAGAUGAUAUUGUGGAAUAUGAUGCUUCUGUUUUUAGGCCAGGUAAUGAUACCGUUCAAAGGAAGAUUGAGGUUAUGACAGACCAUUCAUUAAAUGCAACUAACGAAGUCAUCAUUGAAAGUGAAGUUCUAAAGGAGCAUCAGCACAAUGAAUUCAAUGAUAAUAACGCGACAAUUGGCAUUGGUACCGAGCCAAUGAAAGAGGCUUCUGAACCUGCACGUGCUACAAAAACGAAGAAGAAAAGUAAGAGAUCUUUGAUUCAUGAUGCUGAUGUUAUGGAGAAGAAAGGGAAGAAGAGAUCAUCAAAUUCUCAUGAGACACGUUUGACUUCAUUCAGGAAAGAUGCAGAAGCAUAUCCUUCCAACAUUCGAGGGGGUGUUGAACAGAAUAAUACAGAUGCAAAUGUCAGUGAAUUAAAUGUGACUUCAAAAGUUGCUGUUUCAAAAGUUGUUAUGCUUGGACUCAGUGCAGUAGAAAAAUUAGAGAAGAAGAAAACAAAGACAAGAAAAAGAUAAGGAUUCAGAUGUAGGAACAACGACGACUACAAUAUUUUGAGAUUCACUUGGUGGAAAAAGACUGGAAAGUGGUGAACAAAAUGACUUUAAAGGAAGGUAUGGUAGUGAAUUGUAUUUCUCCGGCUAUAAGCAGCAACCUUGUUAUUUUCCUUUUGUGUGGAUUCUUGAAUCUUGACACUCUAGUAUUAAGUUGACCGGCUAUAAGCAGCAACCUUGUUAUUUUCCUUUUGUGUGGAUUCUUGAAUCUUGACACUCUAGUAUUAAGUUUGACUGGCUAUUUUAUAUCAAUUAGAGUUUAUGAAUUAUACUAUUA